AGUCAGAAUUGAAAUAUGAAAUGUAUGAAUCAGGUUUGCUUGGUCCUAUUCCACUAAAUAUAGGCCUGUCUAUAAAUCGACGUACAUACAUUGGCUGAAUUAAUCGGAUUAAAGUAUGCAAUAGCAAAAAUAUAGAAUAACUUUAGCAAAUAUGGCACAUAUUAUCAUCUAACGGCAGUCAACUUAACGCAUUACUUUCUUUAAGUCUGAAGUACGGUUUACGUAAAAUUAUAGGCACGUGGGACUUAGCACCUAAUUCAACCAAUUUCAAAACAUUUAGUACAUGGGUAAGUAUUUCUAUGGAACUGCUGCUUCGUUAGUAGCUCUUGGAAAAUUAUCAAUAGUGCUUGAAAAAUACACUGACAAAGUUUUUGGAAAAAGUGUAUUCGCCCAAGUAUAAUUAUUUUAGAAUUCUACUAUUUCAUUACUAUAAUCUCCGCCCAAGUAUAAUUAUUUUAGGAUUCUACUAUGUCAUUACUAUAAUCUCCGUCCAAGUAUAACUAUUUUAGGAUUCUACUAUUUCAUUACUAUAAUCUCCGCCCAAGUAUAAUUAUUUAGGAUUCUACUAUUUAAUUACUAUAAUGAUUUAAGAAUAGAUUUAUUUUUUAUUUGUUUCGAGUACUUCCGUUCACUGGUACGUAUCAAGUGAUAACAGCUCUUUCCUAGUAAAGAUCUAUUCAGGAACCAAGUAAUACUGAACCGAAGUACAUUAUUACGAUGACCAAUCCACUGGCAUGUGGCAGUAAAAUAAUACACCAUACGCAACCUGUCCUACUAAUUCGCUGAAAGAGAUAAGAUUAUGUACUGAUAACUCAUAGGUGCUGAUAAACGGACUCAUGCAGUGACGAAUUAGCUGUUAACAAAAACGGGCACAAAACAAAGGAAUUAAGGCAUCCAAAGUGAAAAAGAAAAUUAGUAAAAAAACAAAGUGUAAUUGCUAUAAAGGAUUUGUUAAGAGUGUCUAGUGACAAUGGUUUCAGUACAGACGAUAGCCACGAUUGUGGUUAAAACAUUCAAAAUUGUGCUAAAUAUAAUAAUUCUCGUGCUCUAUCGUACUGGCUACAAUGGGGAGUUCCUGGGUGUCGGAGGCACGUGGAACCUCAACGAGGAGAAGAAUCCAGAUGCUGAGAUCGUCGCUUCGGGAGUAAUUGUUGGCUAUCUCAUCUAUACGCUCGUGCAAAUCGUCACAUACCUCUUUGGCACCACCGAACAUAAGAGGGCCUUGUCAGAAAUCAUGAUGAAUUUCAUCGGAGUCUUCAUGUGGAUCGCGGUGGGAGCUGUUGCCUUACAUUACUGGGGAGGCUACCAAGGCGAGCAUCAAUUCCAGUUCGUCUUCGCUGAGAGACAGGUUGGUUUAGCAGUGGGAGCCAUGUGCGUUAUCCAGGGAGCAGUUUACCUUCUCGAUACAGCGCUAUCUGUUAUACAUUACACAAAAGAAAUGUAAAUCUAAGUGUAUUAAUAUAUUAUUUAAAUAGAUCGAUUUAAGUUUAAAUAAUCUACGAAUACUUCCGACCUCUAGUUACCGAAUAUAGGCGUGACCAAUAAUUAUUAUCAAUGACAUCUUCUAGGCAAGUGCGUUUCACCAAGCCGCAAUGCCGUCAGGCAUUAUUGCAGUUAAGCGAUUUAAAUUUGUUUGAUUAAAAUUAACUAUUACAUAAUUGCACUUCAAGAUUUUAGCAAUUGGCUGUGUAAUGUGUAGUUCUUCUAUUUCAUGAUUAAGGCCAAAUUGUAGUAGGUAUAGUUUGAAACUUAGGUAAUAAAUUAGCUUGGGUUGUUUUUUUGAUAUACCAACAGUCUCGCUCAUCACAAACUAUGGACAGUAAUGAAACAAUAUGUUUUAUAACAAGCCUAAAUGAUGUUAUUGAGAUAGAAGAUUCGAUAGAGAUGAAAUUUAUAAUAAGUUAGUAAUACAGGGGUACAAUUUACAACUUCAAAAGUUUCGUAUAUUUAUUUGCUUCAUUGUAUUCAAUAUCAUUAAUUCAUAUUUUAAAGUUUGUGCAUUUUAUAACAGCUCUCCGAUGAUUUUACUUCUGCCUUAUCUCCCACCUCUUUUAUAUUUAGUUAGGCAGUUACUCUACGCUUGAUCAAAAUGUUGUACUUAUUUUUUUAAUGGAAAUAAAUUAAAUGAAAAAAAUAUAUAUU